GUGAAUUGUAGUGUUUCAACAAUGAGAGUUCUUUCAGGCUUGAUUUUUUUGUUGGUUGCAAUCUUCGCUUUGAUUGAGGCAUCAAGUGUCAUUGAAGCAGAUAACAAAAGUUUUAAUGAUUUAGUUGUCAAGUCAGGAAAAUACUCGUUUGUGAAGUUUUAUGCUUCAUGGUGUGGACAUUGUAAAAAAUUAGAGCCAAUUUUCGAUGAGUUGAGUGAUGUUUAUAAAAACACUGACGAAAUACAAAUCAUCAAGAUAGAUGCAGACAAAAACAGUAAAAUUGGUAAAAAAUAUGGUAUUGAAAGCUAUCCAACAUUAAAAUUAUUUAAACCAAACGAUCCAAUUCCAGUUCCUUAUGAAAAGGCUAGAGAUAUAAAUGCUUUUAAAGAUUUUAUUUAUGAAAACAGUAAUGUUUAUGUUUAUACUCCUAAAAGUGAAAAUGAUAAUAAUAUCAAAAUUUUACAUGAUGAUAAUUUCGAGAAAGAACUUUUAAAUAAUAAUAAUAGCAAAUUUAUUGCAAUAACAGCAACAUGGUGUGGACAUUGCAAAAAUUUAAAGCCAAUAUGGUACAAGCUUUCAAAGUUAUUUAAAUCAGAUUUCAAAUCGAUUGAAAUUUAUGAAGUUCCAACAUCAGAUUAUGAUGCAGACUUAAUUAAGAAAACUUUUGGUGUUAGUGGAUUUCCUACUAUAAUUUAUUUACCUUCUAAUAUUAAAGAUACAAAUGAAUUGACUGAAAAGUAUGAAGUCUAUAGAGGUGGUAGAAGUAUUGAAAAUUUUAUUGAGUUUAUUAAUGAAAAAACUAAUAUCAAUAGGGAAUCUAAUGGGAAUUUAAAUGAUAAUGCUGGUAGAUUAUCAAACACAAUUGAUUUAAAAAUUGUAAAAUUAUUGGAUAGUCUAGAAACAAAUGAGUCCAAUGAAACAAAUGAGAUUUCUACAUUAAUUGAGGGAAUCAAAAAUGAAAUUCAAAAGGAGUACUCCAGUAAUGAUCUAUUUACUUACUCAAUCAAAUACUAUGAGAAGUUAUUGAACAAGUUGGGUAACAAUGAGGUUGCAUUCUUUCAGAAGGAAUUGAGUAGAUUGGUAAAUAUGUUGGAGAAAAAUGAGAAAAAUUUGACCCAAGACAAAAAUGACAAUCUAAGAAAGAGAAUCAACAUUUUGAAGCUUUUCAACAAGCAGGAAAUUGAUCUUUUGUUGAUGAGUGAGACUGACGAAAAUGCAAUUAACCUCGAUGUAGAUGGGGAUGCCUUUAAUAAUUAUCAACCGCCUAAGCUAGUUAAUCAAAAUAUUUAGAUAUUUAGUGAUCAAUUGAUAUGUUCAAUAACUCUGUUCAUUAAGAAAUAAGAAAUAAGAAAUACCACCUUG